AUGUCGUCGCAUCAGUCAAAAAGCGCCGCCGCCGCGCAGGCACAGGCACUGCAAGACCAGACACGCAAGGAACACAAGUUUGACGAAAUGGAAUCCGCACUACCCGAUCCCCGUUUGCCCGCUCUGCAGUCCGCUUUCUCGAUCCCUUCUGUCGACAACUUUUCUUCCUAUCUCGGCAGUCGGAACCCCUUUGGUCGCCCCGUCUCCGGUGACGACGUCGUCUGGCUCUUCGACAACACGGCGUUCAAGCCCGGUCGCCUGAGCAGCAGGGCAGGCCGAAAUCGGUCGCCGCCGUCUUCGAGAAGGAAUCCAAAGUCAAGGAGGCGCCCGUGGUUUUACCUGUCUGCGUCACCGUACAACCUGUACCCAUUCUUGCGCAACUUCUGCCGCCAAUGGUACCCUCACGGCACACUGAUUCUUCGCGACUCGAGUUGGCGCACCAUUGCGGGUCUGCUGUCGGCCUUGACCCAGGGGACAGAGCAGUACAAGACGGACCGUAUCCGCAAGGUGCAUUCGUGGUUGCCAAAGCGCAAGUUGAUUCUCAUUGGUGACUCGACGCAGUCCGACCCUGAGGCCUACGGCGACAUCUACCGCGAGUUCGAUGGAUGGGUCAAGCUCAUCCUCAUCCGAAAGGUGACCGACAUCGCCGCUGUCGGUAUCGAGUCGAAGAAUGAGCCGAAGCGAUUCGAGGAGGCCUUCAAAGACGUGCCGCGCGAGGCCUGGCACAUCUUUGAGGACCCUGCCGAGUGCAACAAGAUUGUGGAGAAGGUGGUUGCUGGCGCUUGA